AUGGAUAACCAAUUCCUGAAGAUCAAUGAUCGCGAACGUGAAAUGAUGCGUCUAAAGAGGCAGACCGAGAUGGAUCAAAUGUCAAACGGCAGCAGUCUUCCAGGAGAUCCUUCUCCACUAAAGAAACUAAGAGUGGAGCCGUCACUAACGGUUCGUGAACUCGGUGAAUAUGCAAUUAAUUCUGGACGCAGUGAAGCACCGUCUUGGAACAUUGGGCAUUGUUCAGGACCACCAGGAUUACCCGGAAUAAAUGGUUGGGAUGGAGCGGACGGCGCGCCGGGGCAAGAUGGGCCUGCAGGAAUCGACGGCACAUUUGAUGUCUAUGAAGAAGGAUGCCUCAUGUGUCCGCCCGGUAAACCUGGACGCUCAGGACACCCCGGAGAUCGAGGACCAACUGGAGAAGUUGGAGCUCGAGGACUUGAUGGUUUGGAUGGAGAAGAAGGUGAUCCUGGUGCAAUUGGCACCGAACAGGGUGAAAUUGGAUCCCCAGGCGAAGCUGGUGAGAGGGGACCACCAGGAAUUCCUUCACCAAAUGUGAUUAGUGGACGAGGAGCGCCAGGUCAAAACUACAAGCAUACUCUACACAUUAAUAGGCCUCCAGGACCACCGGGACCUGUUGGAAGCCGAGGAGAGCAAGGACGACCAGGAAUACCUGUACUGAAUAUUCCUCCUGUUGGGCCUCCAGGACCACCUGGUUCACCGGGGGAUGAUGGCAUCCAAGGAGAAUCCGGAUUAAUGGGUGAAGACGCAAAACACAGUAAUAGAAAAGAGUCUCCCGAUUCCGGAGGAAAGCCUGGUACGGUAGCGCCAGGUAGGACGGGGUUGCAGGAGUCAUGUAGGCUACCAAAACGGAAAAGGACUAGGAUGGCGAUCUGUACUUAUAACGCACGUACGCUUGCAUCGGAAGCGGCCAUCGAAGAUCUGAUGAUGCAAGCCAAGAAGAUCAAGUACGACGUCAUCGGACUGACCGAGACGAGACGACGUCACCCUCUCAACGCCGUAUAUGAAACUGGAGAAGAACUGUUCUUAGGAACAUGCGACAGUAGAGGUGUUGGUGGAGUUGGCGUCCUCGUCAACACGAGUAUGGCAAAGAACAUCGACUCUUUUGAACAACUUACGACCCGAAUCGGACGUCUGCGGAUGAGAAGAUGUGGCCCAAUACCAGCUUUGACUAUCUUCGUCGCUUACGCUCCAACAUCAAGCUACGAAGAAAAAGAAGUCGAAGAGUUCUAUAUGGACCUGGAGAAGUUCUACCGAGAAGAUCAUGCCUUCUACAAGGUCAUAAUUGGCGAUUUCAACGCUAAGGAUGGCCCAAGAAGAACGCCGGAGGAACUUCACAUCGGGACCCACGGCCUACAAUGGAAUGACCAGGGAGAGAGGCUCUCCGAGUUCAUCAUGACGACUAAGGCCAUCCAUGGGAACUCGCAAUUUCAGAAGCCCUCUUCUUUACGCUGGACGUGGGAGUCACCUGGUGGAGGGUAUCGUAAUGAAAUAGACCACAUCAUCGUCAAUAAAAGGUUCUGCCUGACGGACGUCGGUGUUGUACCAAAGUUCUAUACGGGAUCGGACCAUCGCCUCCUCCGAGGAAGAUUUUCCUUCACAAGGAGAGCAGAGAAAGCCGCCAAGUUCAGAGAGAGAAAUCCCAGGACUACCAUCAACUGGGAUCUCUUCGCUACGCUAGCCGGCUUUUGGGAAGAUUCUGCAAUGGACAACAUCGACGAGGAAUAUGACCGGCUUGUCGAACACCUUCACGACUGCGCGAAGAAGGCUGAGAGUUUUAAAACCACCAGGAGGCGCCUGUCUCUUGAAACUCUUGAGCUGAUACGCCAGCGUGGAGCAGCACGAGCCGCAGGGAACCAAGAACUCACGUCCGAGCUCGCAAGGCUUUGCCGAGAGGCGAUAAAGGAAGACCUUAAAGAGAGAAGAGCAGAAGUGCUGGCUGAAGCUGCAGAGGCGGGGAAAAGCAUCCGCUAUGCCCGUCGAAACUUCGCCAGUCGCAAGACGAGGAUGACUGCUCUCCGAAACCCAAAGGGAACAGCCAUUGCAUCGAGAAGGGGGAUGGAGAAAAUCAUCUACGACUUCUACUCUGAUCUCUUCGACAGCCAUGUCCACUUGCCUCCUCACCAUCUGAGGGAAGAUGGACAAGUCAUUCCAGAGGUUCUCCCGUCCGAAAUACGACAUGCUAUCAUGUCGGUAAGAAAUCGUACGGCACCCGGUCCCGACAGAAUAAGACCAGAACACCUGAAGAGCCUUCCGCCAGUACUCAUCAACACCCUGGCGAGGCUCUUUACACGUUAUCUGUCGGAAUGCAAGGUUCCUAAACAGUGGAAGACCAGCAAGACCGUGUUGUUGUAUAAAAAGGGAGAUCCACAUGACAUCGGCAACUAUCGCCCAAUCUGCCUACUGUCCGUCAUCUACAAGCUCUUUACAAGAGUAAUCCUUAAUAGGAUUGGAUGA